CGGUGCGGAACUCUCGCGAUCGCUUUUCCCGAGCGAAUAUCUGUGGCGCGCGGUGGCCGCCCUGGAGCCGACUCAUAUCGUUGUCCUCGCCUCCUGGCGUCCGUGAUUGCCUCGAAUGUGCGGGGAAAGCGAGCCGCGUCCGCGGUGAUCGUUCGCGCGCCCCGUGUGUCGCAGUGUGCCAAGGCGAGAGAAGAGGAGAGGAAGAUGGUGCCAGCGGGCCUCGAGACCGAUAUCGUUGCUCCGAGAUAGCGCCGUGCGCGCAGCCAGUCCACCACACUCGAGUGUUUGACGAGUCGUGCGCGACUCUGACUACCUAAGACGAAUAUAAACGACGAACGGACCUUGCAUUCGGCGGUGUGUGCAUUUAAUAUUACGGCGGUGAGAUCCUUGCCGAUCAGCAAUAUCCGAGAUAGUCCUGGUAACUUCUCUGCCUCUGUGCCGUGGCUCGCGCGAGAGUGGCCCGUGCGCCUGCCGACGAAAUUUACUGUGUGUGCGUGUGUGGGCUUUAGCGCGGGGUUCGACGUACCCCCCGACGAUGCCCAAUGGUUGAUCGUGUAACGAAGCGUGCUCGGGGACGCUCUACGCGCCGCGGUUCUCAUUGUUAUUGUCAUGCCUGCGAAUACGCUAAGAGAUUGGUGAAUAUUCGCGGCUUCAACGACGAGGAGGAAGAAGCAGCAACAACAGUAACCAGCACCAGCAGUCUUCUAGUGGCGUAGUGCAGCGUUUCAUUCGCUCGUGUGUGUUACCCGUGUAUACGUGCCUGCCUGCCUGCCUCUGCGUGCGUGCGUGCGUGCGGUCGACUCGACGACGACUCGCUAACGCCGCUGCCGCUGCUUACUUGCUACCGACAGUAAACAGCCUGAAAUAAGAAAUAAUUAACCCUGAAAAGGAACCAUGGCCGACCACCUGGUGGACGGUCCGCCGAACAAGCGGCCGAAACUUGGAGAUCCUUUCCAAGGAACUUCCGACUCCGCCGUGGGUAUGGCGCCUCUAAUGAUGCACCAUGCUUAUACAAACUACGGGGGAGGUGGCAGUGGUAACAUGCAACAAAUGCAGGGCCAGCCACAACAACUACAUCUGCAACAGCAUCAGCUGCAGCCACAUUGGAACAACCAUACCGUCCAGAAAAGAAAUUACAUAACAAACACAGAUAUGUUUGAUCUUGAAAAUGAUCUACCCGACGAUCUAUUGUCAUCGGGGUCUUGGGGUUCUGCAACCGAGAGUGCUAAACCACCGGCCACAGGACCAGGACCAGGGCAGCAAAAUGGUGCCCUUGAUUCAGAACUUCGACAGCAUGUACAGCAGCAACAACAACUGUCACAUCACUUAAUACAACAACAAGGCAACAAGAAUUUGGUUGCUAAUUCUUUAGUAAUGGCUGCUGGAACUUUGGGUAAUAAAAGUCCAAACAUGCAAUCUCCACCAAAUGUUUCUGUCUCUAAAGUAGUUGAUCCACAAAUGGUUGUGAGUCUGGGAAAUUUACCAAGUAGUAUAGCCAGUUCUUUGGCAAACAAUCAAAUGUCUAUUGCAAAUUCUAUGGGAGGUCUUCAGUCGUCAAUGAGCAUGGCUGGAAGUAGUCCUGCCAUGUCAAUACCAGGUGGAAUGAAUUCUGGCUUAGUUAUGACCAGCAGUGCUAGUGGGAAUAACAAUAUGGGUGGAAUGGCAGGUGGAAGUUUAAUUGUAACAAACAGUUUGAAUAAACAGCCUUUAAAUACUGUAACUAUGAUGGGCGCCAAUACUCAAGGAAUACAUCAUCCUGGUGGACCACAUGGUGUUGCUCAAAUGCAAAAUGGUCCUGGAAUAAUGAAUACCAGAGCUGUAGCAAUGCAACAGCAACAACAAGCUCAUAUGGUUGGUCCUGCAAGAGGGCAAAGCCCGCAUCAACAAGUACAUCAAGUUGGUAUCGUUGGUCCUGGACAGGGAGGUCCACGAAUGCAGGCUCCCCCAAAUAUGGCAAAUAUGCCCAACAUGGGACAAAUUGGUGCAUCCAGUCCUUAUGGUUAUGCAUCUCCAGGCAGUGGCCCAGGACCUGGUGUUACAACAGUAUGUACUAAUAGUCCUGUUGGAGUUGUUACACCACAGCAAAAAGGAGUUGGAACAAACAUGACUGCUAUGCAAGUUGCUGGAAGAUUCGGAGGAACGACAGGUCCAAUUGGUUCUGCUACUGUUGUGGGUGGCCAAGAGGGUACUAUGACACAACAAGCUCAGCCACCUGCUCCAAGUCCAGCUCAAACUCAACCUGGUGCACCAACUGGAGUACAACUUGGUUCACAACAAGCUAAUCAGGGACAAAUAUCCGGUACCGGUGCCCCAACUGGUGCUACAAAAUCAACUGCUGAUCCAGAAAAACGUAAACUUAUUCAACAGCAAUUAGUUCUUCUGUUACAUGCGCAUAAAUGUCAACGGCGUGAAAGUCAAGCGAACAAUGGUGACGUUCGACAUUGUACAUUGCCAGAUUGCAAAACAAUGAAAAAUGUUUUGAACCAUAUGACCGCCUGUCAAGCAGGAAAAAAUUGUCUGGUGCCACAUUGUAGCUCGUCCAGACAAAUUAUUAGCCAUUGGAAACAUUGUAAUCGCAACGAUUGCCCUGUGUGCUUACCUUUGAAACAAGCAAAUAAAAAUAAGACAAAUGCUGCUGCAGCAUCUACAUCACAACCAAAUAGCCAACCAAAUCCAAGUCCGACUGAGGUGAAAAGAGCAUAUGAUGCUUUGGGUAUUCAGUGUCCUACAACAACACCUGGUUUAGUACCUGGUCAAUGUGUUACGAGAAGAAUACCAGCACCAGGUAUGCAAGGAGCAACAGGUACAAUGGGAAAUGUUAGGCUAGUUCAACCCCAGGCUCAAGCCAACCCUGGUCAACCUGUGGUUGGUGCUGGGCAGCAAGUAGUCGCACCCAACGUGUCUCUUCCUUUAAAUUCUGACCCUAACACAGUUGGAGUAACCGGCAAUCAGUCUGCGUCCACAAGUGGAGCUGCGCCUGCUGCAGCUGCAGCUCCUGCAAAUAUACAACAAUCCGUUAAUGUACAUCAGUUAUUUGGUUUGAAUGAUUCAGGACAACUCAAUGUUGCGGCUGAAAAUAGGCUAGCUAGUCCUCAGCUUCCGGUUGGAGCCCAACAAAGUCAAGUAACAGCAACACCAAUGCAGGAAACAAAGGAUUGGCAUUUAACUGUGACGCCUGAUCUUAGAAAUCAUCUUGUUCACAAAUUGGUUCAAGCCAUAUUUCCCACUCCAGAUCCGAAUGCCAUGCUCGAUAAGAGGAUGCACAAUUUAGUUGCGUAUGCAAGAAAAGUUGAAGGCGAUAUGUAUGAAAUGGCUAACUCCAGAUCAGAGUAUUAUCAUUUACUUGCUGAAAAGAUAUAUAAAAUUCAGAAGGAAUUGGAGGAAAAGCGACAGAAGAGGAAAGAGCAACAACAGCAAUUACAAGCUCAACAGCAACAACAACAACCUCAACCUGGAUCAUCUGGAGCAGCUGGUCCAGGUUUGAGGCCGUGUGCCCCACCUGGUGUUGGAAACGUUCCACCAUCACGACCGGUUGGAACUGUUACUCCAAGCUUACGUAGUCAUUCGCCAGGUAUGGGUCAACUUGGAACUUUACCUGCAAUAGGCAUUGCACACAAUAGAAUGCAGUUCCCUCAGCAACAACAAGCGCAACAGCAACAAGCGCAGCAACAACAACAGGUACAACAAGUUCAAGCCCAAACCAAAGUCCAGGCGCAGGCACAGGCUCAGGCUCAGGCUCAAGCUCAAGCUCAAGCUCAAGCUCAAGCCCAAGCCCAAGCCCAAGUUCAACAGCAAAUGCAACAACAGCAGCAGCAACAACAACAGCAGCAGCAAGGAAUUUUGGUUGGUCCGCCGGGUCCUAGCCCGAAUGGACAGUCAACCUCUAAUCCUAAUGUCGUUCCAAAUCCUGGUCUUAGUCCUUUCGGACAACCGCAAAUGUCGCAAGCUAAUUUAACAACCACAACCACAUCUGCAACAACUAGUCAAUUUCCAACCUCAAAUGGUACUUCCGGUUUACCUAACAGUUCUCCUGUACAGAAUCAACAUCAAUUCCCCGACCUUAUGAAGGUUAGACUAGCACAGGCGCAAGCAGCAAUUGCCCAUCAACAUCAACAACAACAACAACAGCCUCCUCAAUCACAGCAACAACAAAAUCAAUCACAACAACAGCAGCCGACAAGCACUUCGAAUCAGAAUGCCACGACGACAUCGAUGCCUCAGGCACCGUCGCCGUUCAGUGGUAUGCAGCAACAAAAUAAUCAGCAACAGAAUCAACAGUUCAGUAACAGUCGCCCUCUAUCGGUUUCGACACCUAGCGAUAGCGGAAUGAACACAUCGACUCCUCAAACGAUACCACCUCCCGCGUCUAGCGGGCCUAGUCCCGGUCCUACGACAGCAACGAACGGACCUCAGUCUGCGACUUCCACACCGAAUACACCGAUAGUUCCUUCUCUGAUGACACCAAAUCAGACAGUUUCUUCCGCGAAUCAAACUCCACCUCAUCCUGGUACCACGCCGUCCCCAGCUGGCCUAGCAAGUCUUGGGAAAGGCAUGACAUCCCAGGAAAGAGCUGCACUGAACGCGCCAAGAGCAUCGUCCAUAUCUUCUCAAAUGGCGGCAAUCGCGUCUGCUUUAGACCGUGAUAAUUCUCCUAGUCCACCAAUGAAUAACAAUAAGGGAAAGCUGGAUUCCAUCAAAGAGGAGAGUAUGAAGAUGGAAAUUAAGCAGGAAGAUGGAUCUGAGAAUCACAGGAUGGAUGGCGGGAAGAAUGUGAACAACGACGUGUCGAUUAAAUCGGAAAUCAAAAGAGAACCAAUGGAAGAAGGAUCUGGUGAGGGUAUCGUGAAGGAAGAAUCUUCCGGUAUUAAAGAAGAACCAGUGACGCCGAUGUCUAGUCAGGAUACGACGACACCGGAUAUCAAACCGUUAGUUCCUGAGCCGAUACAACCGAGCGGGACGUCGACGGACAAGAAAAGAUUAUGUUUGUUUAAGCCGGACGAAUUGCGUCAAGCGUUGAUGCCGACAUUGGAGAAACUUUAUCGUCAGGAUCCAGAAUCUAUACCGUUCAGGCAACCGGUUGAUCCGCAAGCGUUAGGAAUUCCGGAUUACUUUGAUAUUGUGAAAAAACCAAUGGACCUUUCGACAAUCAAAAGAAAAUUGGACACAGGCCAAUAUAGUGAUCCGUGGGAGUAUGUAGACGACGUGUGGAUGAUGUUCGACAACGCGUGGCUGUAUAAUCGUAAGACUUCGCGUGUAUACAGAUAUUGUACAAAGCUUUCUGAAGUUUUUGAACAAGAAAUAGAUCCUGUGAUGCAGGCUCUGGGAUACUGUUGCGGAAGGAAAUACACGUUCAAUCCGCAGGUUUUGUGCUGUUACGGGAAGCAACUGUGUACGAUACCCAGAGAUGCAAAGUACUACUCCUAUCAGAAUAGUCUAAAGGCAUAUGGUCUUGUUUCCGACAGAUACACCUUCUGUCAGAAAUGUUUCAACGACAUUCCUGGUGACACUGUGACGUUGGGAGAUGAUCCAACGCAACCUCAAACUGCCAUUAAAAAAGAACAGUUCCAGGAAAUGAAAAACGAUCAUUUGGAAUUGGAGCCUUUUGUUGUGUGCACAGAUUGUGGUAGAAAAGUACACCAAAUCUGUGUGCUUCACAUGGAAUCGAUCUGGCCAUUAGGGUUUACUUGUGAUAAUUGUUUGAAGAAGAAGGGACAAAAGCGUAAGGAGAAUAAGUUUAACGCGAAACGUUUACCAGUCACUAAAUUAGGAACCUAUAUAGAGACACGAGUGAACAACUUCCUGAAGAAGAAAGAAGCUGGCGCUGGUGAGGUAGCGAUCAGAGUCGUGGCGUCUAGCGACAAAGUGGUGGAAGUGAAGCCUGGCAUGAGAAGCAGAUUCGUGGAAAACGGUGAUAUGCCCGGCGAGUUUCCGUACAGGGCAAAGGCAUUGUUUGCAUUUGAAGAGGUUGAUGGCACGGACGUAUGUUUUUUCGGCAUGCACGUGCAAGAAUAUGGCAGUGAAUGUACACCACCUAACACUAGAAGGGUUUAUAUCGCGUACUUGGAUUCGGUACACUUUUUCCGGCCUAGACAAUUUCGAACGGCUGUUUACCACGAGAUACUUCUUGGUUACUUAGACUACGCGAAACAAUUAGGAUAUACCAUGGCACACAUUUGGGCCUGUCCACCUUCUGAAGGAGAUGAUUACAUCUUUCACUGCCAUCCCCAAGAGCAAAAGAUUCCAAAGCCUAAAAGAUUGCAGGAAUGGUACAAAAAAAUGUUGGACAAAGGCAUGGUCGAGAGAAUUGUACUGGAUUACAAAGAUAUUUUAAAACAAGCGAUGGAAGAUAAACUUUCGUCAGCUGCUGAUUUACCAUAUUUUGAAGGUGAUUUUUGGCCGAAUGUUCUAGAAGAAAGUAUUAAGGAAUUAGAUCAGGAAGAAGAAGAGAAACGGAAGCAGGCAGAAGCUGCGGAAGCUGCGGCUGCUAAUGCGAUUUUCUCAUUGUCUGAGGAUUCUGAAACAGGUCCAGAUGGCAAGAAAAAGGGACAGAAAAAGGCUAAAAAGUCGAAUAAAUCUAAAGCAAAUCAAAGAAAAAAUAGUAAAAAGUCCAACACUCCUCAAACAGGAAAUGACCUUUCUGCAAAAAUUUUUGCGACCAUGGAAAAACACAAGGAAGUAUUUUUUGUGAUUAGGUUGCAUAGUGCCCAAAGUGCAGCCAGUUUAGCACCGAUUCAGGAUCCUGACCCUGUAAUUAACUGUGACCUUAUGGAUGGUCGCGAUGCUUUUCUUACAAUGGCUAGAGAAAGACAUUACGAAUUCUCUUCUUUAAGACGUGCGAAGUUUAGUUCCAUGUCGAUGUUAUAUGAAUUACACAACCAAGGCCAAGACAAAUUUGUUUAUACUUGUAAUAACUGUAAGAGUCAUGUAGAAACGAGGUAUCACUGUACGGUUUGUGAUGACUUUGACCUAUGUAUAAGUUGUAAAGAAAAAGAUGGUCAUCCUCAUCAUAUGGAGAAACUUGGUUUAGAUUUGGAUGAUGGUUCAUCGCCGGCCGAUGCCAAGCAAGCAAAUCCACAGGAGGCACGUAAAUUGUCGAUACAAAGAUGUAUUCAGUCACUGGUACACGCAUGCCAGUGCAGAGACGCUAACUGUCGACUACCCAGCUGUCAGAAGAUGAAGAGAGUAGUAACGCAUACGAAGAUUUGCAAACGAAAGACGAACGGUGGUUGUCCAAUUUGUAAACAAUUGAUUGCAUUGUGCUGUUACCACGCUAAACACUGCCAGGAGACUAAAUGUCUAGUUCCAUUCUGUUCGAAUAUCAAACACAAGUUGAAGCAACAACAGCUUCAGCAAAGGUUACAGCAGGCGCAAUUGUUAAGAAGAAGAAUGGCUGUGAUGAAUACGAGACCAACAGGUCCUGUAGGACCAAUGCAAAGUGGACAGCAGACUUCCAAUGUCACCAUGCCAACCGGUGUUGCCAUGAAACCAGGAGUUAGCCCAACCAAUUUACCUUCGCCGCAUCAACCCGGAAUAGGGUUGAAACCUGGAACGCAAACACCACCCGCCCAUGUCCUCCAAGUUGUUAAGCAAGUACAAGAAGAAGCUGCGAGGCAGCAGGCGCCGCACGUUGGCUAUGGCAAAGUAACGCCAGGUGGCGGAGUCGGCGUUGGAGUUGGUGUGGGAGGACAAACGGGUGGAGUAAUGCCUCCGCCACAAAUGCAACGGCCAAUGCCCGUCCAGAUGUCAAAUCCCGGUGGUACUCAUCUAAUUCCAAUGGAUCAGUGGACGCCAAGUAGGUAUCAGCCGAAUGCGGUGAUGCAACAAAACCCUGGUUUAAGGCAACAAACACCGCAGCAGUUAAUGCAGCAGCAGCAACAACAUCAGGGACAGCCAGGAAUGGGAAUGGGAGGACAAAUGCCGAGACAGCCAGGCGUUAUUGGCGGUCCGGUCAGUCAAGUCGGACCACAGGCUCAAAAUAAUAUGCAUAAGCAUGUAUUGCAACAGUUAAUGCAAACUCUCAAGAAUCCUCAUACGCCCGAGCAACAAAACCAAAUACUUCAAAUACUCAAAAGCAAUCCACCGAUAAUGGCUGCUUUCAUCAAACAACGGGCGCUUGCCCUUCAGCAACAAAGUGGUCAAUACGGCGGAGGAGUCGGCGGACCUCUGGGUCCUAAUCAGCCGCAACAACAACCAGGUUUGCAGCAUAUGAUGUCUCAGCAGCAGCAGCAGCAACACCAGCAACAGCAGCAGCAACAGCAGCAGCAUCAACAACAGCAGCAGCAGCAGCAAGGCAGAAUGCAGAUACAAGCGAUGUUAAAUCAACAGCAGCAGCAGCAACAACAACAACAACAGCAGCAGCAGCAGCAGCAGCAGCAACCUGUACAACAGCAACCACAGUGGUACAAGCAGCAAAUGCUGGUGAUGCAGAGGCAGCAGCAGCAGGCACAACAGCAACAACAACAGCAGCAGCAGCAACAACAACAGCAGCAGCAACAACAACAACAACAACAACAACCGUUCACACAACCACCAGCACCUCCUUACGGUCAACAACGACCAAUAAGGCCGUCCCUUCUCGGUUACGGUGGCUUUAGUGAACAAGGCUACGGUCAGCCCGGUUUAAAACCAACUCCACCACCAAUACCUUCUCCGCAAGGUGUGAUGGGACCUCCAGGGAUCUCUGUACAGCAACAGCUCAUGCAGUCAGUUCGGUCUCCGCCACCCAUUCGAUCUCCUCAACCAAAUCCUUCACCGCGACCGGUUCCAUCCCCGCGCAAUCAACCAGUUCCUUCGCCUCGAUCAGGGCCGGUGCCAUCGCCUCAUCAUCAUCCACCUCACGGUACGCCAACGCAUUCACCGGCCCAUGAACUCGGCGGUCCAAGCGAAAUGAUGCUCUCGCAGUUGAACGGUGGUACGGGCGCGCCUACGGGUCAUCCGGGUACCAUGCCUCAUCAUCCGUCUCCAGCUCCACCGCCUACUAGUGGCACGGACUCCAGUGAAGUGACGCCAAUGACGCCACAAGACCAACUCUCGAAAUUUGUCGAAGGAUUGUAGUGACUGUUAGUGAAGUCGAUCGAAACGAGUGACUACGUAAAUAACGGGCAGACCACGAUGAUCUCGCAUCGUGCGUCUACCGUUUGAAGGACGGUCGCUGUUCCAGCUCUCCGACAUGAGGCGGAGGGCGUAACGUCCAUCCGUUCUGC